UUGUGUAGUAAAAAUGAGUUAUCUACUAAGAGUAGAUUAAAAAUAGUAAUAUCCAAAAAGUUAAAAUAAUAAAGCAGGUGUGCUUAUAUUAUGGCCACCUAUUGGUAUAGCUUUGCUAUUAGCACCGUCAAUGAACGGGACACCGCCUGAAGAAGUAUACAGAUAUCAUAUGAGUGCGCGUGUGUUAACAUGUUUAUAGCCUAAAAUGACUCAUCUCUUUAUAUAGAUUUUUUACCUAAUUCUAUCAUAUCUUUUGAAUAGAACAUGAUUGCAAAUUGUAGGUCGUGUUCAAUUUGUUAUAAAAUAUGAGUCGUCUACUAAAAGUUGAAGUACCCACUAAUCGUCUAGAACUAUACUAAAUCCAAUUGUUAAUGUUGUUUGUUGAUCCACUAAAACUCCUUUUAUGUAAAUCUUAUAUCAAUCCAAAUUAGGUGUUUUUUCCGCACAUACGGACAUAAACAUUUUAUAAUUAUUUACCAAUAUAUAUAUUAUUAAUUAAAAGAAUACAAUGAUAAAUUAUUUUUUUUUUAUUAAAAAUUAAUGUAUUAUAAAUUUUGAUUUUUUUUACAUUAUAUUCAUUAUUAAUAAAUCUUAUAAAUCACUCAAUAUUUUAUUUUCAAUUAUAUAAAAUUUAGAAUUGUGAAUUUUACUUGAUUAAUAUUUAGUUAUGUAUUUUUUUAUUUUUUUAUUAAAAAAAGAUAUUUUGGAUAACAAUAUGAUAUAUAAAGGAAUUUAUCUAUUUAUUUUAAAAUAUAUAUAUUAGAUUUUUGAUAAUUUUAAUCACUUAUCUAAUUAAAUAAAAUUUAAAUUUGUUUUAUUUUUGCUAAUUUAUAUAUUUUAUUUAUUAAAAAUAUAAACGAUAUUAAACAUUCUAACUUUUAAUGCGAGGAUUUCGUUGCGAAAAAUCACUUAUCAAAUAAUAAUAUAGAAAAUCAAAUAAAUUAUCAGCUAGAGAAUAAAUAAUAUGUUGGGCAAGUGUGCAAUUAAAAAAAAUAAAAAAUAAAAAAUAAAAAUUUACGCCCAAAAAAGAAAGUGUGCAAUAAAAUCAAUUCACCUGCGGGCUGCGGCUAGUUCGAUAUAAAUUGGUUCAGAUAGUGCACGUAAUACAAAGCCCAAACUAUAAAGCUUAAAGUAUUAAAGCCCAAACUUAAGUGUUAAAAAAGAACGAUUCGUCAUGUAGUAACCGGCGAUCUUCCCGCCAGGAAAGUAGCCAUGGAUGCCGGCCGAGUCAAGCCUAAGUUAUUAGUCAAAUACCAUUCCGUUCCCUGCUGAUAUUUUUAUAAAAAUAUAAAAUCUUUCACGAGAUUUCAAGAACAUUUAAAAAAAAAAGAGAGUAAUAAUGAGAAGCUGGAGACUGAACAUGGACGGUUACUUACUCUCCAUCUCUGCCUCGGUAUUCUCGCUCCACGUUCCUCUUCACCGCUUUGCGUGUUUCCUACAAAAGAAGUCACGUCACCUCCUUCGCCGCCGGUUUUUCUCUUCACAAAAAGGCGGUGGAGAUUUGAUUCCCAUUGGCGAUCGUACUCUUGAACUCGAAUCUACGCGCCGUAUUUUGAGCGUUUGUCGAGCUGAUAAAGUGUAACUCUGUUCCUCACUCUUUUAUCAUUCGUAGAGAAGAAAUUUUCUGCAACUCUUCUACACAGAUUUGGCUGCAGUAACUUAAAAGAUAUGACUGCUGCUGAACUUGAAGCGGGUGUGUCCCCUGAACCUGAUGUAUCCGAGCUGAAUAUUUUCAGCGAUAAUGGUAGUCAAAGUGUUGUCUCUCAACUUCUUGAUCAUAUCAACAGCCACGAGAAGAGUUCCCAGCGUAGAGGAGGCUUUAGUGAAAGGUUUCUCAGAUGGAGACGGAGAUAUCUUCCGGUUGGUGGAGAUAACAGACGUGACCAUGGCUCUCUGAAACUAUCAGGACCUCUUGUUUCUGGAGCAGCUUACUGUAUCUCUUCUUGCAGUAUGAUACUAAUGAACAAAGUUGUUCUCUCCACCUAUAAUUUCAAUGCAGGAAUCUCUUUGAUGUUGUAUCAAAACUUAAUCAGCUGUUUGGUGGUAGCUCUAUUAAAAUUCUCUGGAGUGGUUUCAGUUGAAAAAAUUAACUGGAAGUUGAUCAGAGUUUGGUUGCCUGUCAAUGUUAUCUUUGUUGGUAUGCUGAUCUCUGGGAUGUACAGUUUGAAAUAUAUAAACGUUGCUAUGGUGACUAUUCUGAAGAACGCAACGAAUAUUAUUACAGCCAUAGGGGAACUAUACAUGUUCCGCAAAAGGCAGAACAACAAAGUUUGGGCUGCAAUGUUCAUGAUGAUUAUCUCUGCAAUCAGUGGAGGCAUCACGGAUCUCACGUUCAAUGCAGUAGGAUACACGUGGCAGACUGCCAACUGCUUUCUAACCGCUAGUUAUUCACUUACUCUGCGUAGAGUCAUGGACAAAGCAAAACAGUCCACAAAAUCAGGGUCCCUUAAUGAGGUGUCAAUGGUGCUGCUUAAUAAUCUCUUGUCACUACCUUUUGGCAUCACCUUGAUCGUCUUACUUGGUGAAUGGAGAUACGUAAUAAGCACUGAUGUGACAAAAGAUGCAAUGUUUUGGGUGGUCGCAACAGCAAGCGGCUUCCUUGGUCUAGCCAUCAGCUUCACAUCUAUGUGGUUCUUGCAUCAAACCGGACCCACAACAUACAGUCUGGUGGGUUCAUUAAACAAGGUUCCGAUAUCAUUAUCUGGUCUUGUACUCUUCAAUGUCCCUCUCAGUCUCCCAAAUUUGUUCAGCAUACUUUUUGGUUUAUUUGCUGGAGUUGUCUUUGCCAGAGCCAAGAUGUCCUAAACCGUAUUUCCAAGCUGGAGUAGAACUCUUCAGAGACUGAAGAGAACAAAUAAACAAAGAAAAACCUAGAGAGGUUUCUUGAUCUGCAGCUAAUAGUCUCAACUUUGAAUACAAUUUUUCUUCAAUAUACAAGGUAGAACUUAGGGUUUACUAUGAGUACAGAUAGUAAUUCUAUAUUCUCAAAAGAAUCACACAUUCAAAAUUUUCUAAACGUAAUAAGACAUUACUGUUUUGACUUUUCUUUAACGUAUCAACAUAAUAAAUUGUACA